AUGGAAGCAGAAGGGAGGAGUGGGCAGGGUAGGCAAAGGAGGGGGCGAGUUUGCAGCAGCCUCUGGCCUGAGAGCUACACAGCCGCUGGGACUGUGACCUCCAUGGUGGACAUGAGCACUCGGCCCUACAGGAACCUCUCUGGUAUAGGGAUGGGGAGACCAAGGCUUUCCCCGCAAGGAGGACAGAGGGGUCGCUCGCACUCCCGGCGCCGCCACCGCACCACCUUCAGCCCAGCGCAGCUGGAACAGCUGGAGUCAGCCUUUGGAAGGAACCGGUACCCUGACAUUUGGGCCCGAGAGGGCCUUGCCCGGGACACAGGCCUCAGCGAGGCCAGAAUCCAGGUCUGGUUCCAGAACCGCAGAGCUAAGCAGCGGAAGCAAGAGCGGUCACUGCUCCAGCCACUGGCCCAUCUGUCCCCUGCCACCUUCUCUGGUUUCUUGCCGGAGUCCCCUGCUUGUCCCUACUCCUACCCAACACCACCUCCACCAGUGACCUGCUUCCCUCACCCCUACAACCAUGCCCUUCCCUCUCAGCCCUCCGCAGGGGGUUCCUUUGUUCGACCCCACCAGUCUGAAGACUGGUGCCCCUCCUUGCACCCAAACCCCGCUGGUCAUCUGCCCUGUCCCCCACCCCCACCCAUGCUUUCCCUCAGCCUUGAGCCACCAAAGUCCUGGAACUAAGGUCAAACAAAUGCUGAUAAGGUAAUUCCUUAGCCUAUAGCCCUCAUGAAACACAGAAAACUGGGGGGCUUCCUUUCCUUUUAAGGGUGAAGUAGAAAUAUGGUGAGAGGCAGCUCAGAGAUUGGGAAUUUAAGAAUGGGAGAUCAUGAUGAAGGCUCACGGGGGUGAUUAAUGGAGAGAAUUUGGGAAGGUGAGCUACUGGAAUAUGUAUGUAAAAAGCCUCCAUGGAGGCGACUGGUGGAAGGGUGGUAGUAAUGGAAACAGUUGUUGCCCCUGGUGAGUGGAAAUGGUUGAAGGAGAUGGAGCUUGCAGGGCUUCGUUCAUUGAGAUCACAGUUGAAGAUCUCCAUCCCAGCUGUUUCUAGCUAAUUUCCAUAAAGCUCCUGAUUUCAUCCAUGUUUUCUUCAUUAGAUUUAAAGUCUCCCUGUACAUCCUUUCCCUAUCGCCCACCCCACCACCCAAAUCCAUCAUUAACUUUUGUUCAUUCUGUCCUAGAAAUCGCACUUGAAUUAUUCCUCUCCUUUCCAUUCCAGCAGAUACUUGCUUUUUCUGGCCCCAUAUUUUCUAACUAAUCCUCCUCAUUAGAUCCCUUAGCUCUAGUCUUUCCUACUUCCAACAGACCUUGCAAAUCUGAUCAUCAAAGAAUGGCUCUCCAAUGUCUUAUAAAAAAUAAAUAAAUAAGAUCUGAUUAGCUUGACCUGUAAGAGUCUUCAA